AUGUUCUAUUGGGUUAUUCUGCUGGCAGUAGUGGAGUGGAAGUUGGGCCUCGUGCGUGGCCUGUUGGCAGUACUGCAGCACGCAGUGGAGCGCUACACGGCGCCAGCCAUCACAGUGCCGCUGCCUGAGACAAAGUUUGAUGUCAAACCAGCGACGGAGUCACUCACGCCGCGUUCUGGUCCCCCCGACAUGAUUCGUUGCUACGACAAGGGCACCAAUACGCCAAUUGGUCUCGUCAAAAUCACCACUCCUGAGGAAGUGCGUGCGGCCGUCAGUCGGGCUCGUGAAGCUCAGAAAUCGUGGGCAAAGUCGUCCUUUGCAACAAGGCGGCAACUUCUUUUCAGUCUGAUGGAGUAUGUACUGAAGCAUCAGUCAUUUAUUUGUGAAACCGCGUGUGUGGAGUGCGGUAAAACAAUGAUGGAUGGCUCCCUUGGAGAAAUGCUCACCACGCUCGAGAAACUCCGAUGGACAGCCGCGCAAGGAGAGGAGGUGCUGAAAAAGGAGGUGCGUGACGUGGGACUGCUGACGAUCCACAAGCGUGCCGAAGUCAACUAUGUUCCUUUUGGGGUUAUUGGAGCCAUUGUGUCAUGGAACUAUCCUUUCCAUAACAUCUACGGGCCUAUGAUAUCGGCACUCUUCGCUGGGAAUGCGUUUGUCGGCAAAGUGUCCGAGUACUCUUCCUUCUACGCGUCGUACUAUCAGUCGAUUGUGCGGGAGGGCUUGAGGCAACUGGGCUACUCCCCGGAUCUCGUCACGUUCGUCACAGGAUUUGCGGAAACAGGCGAGGCACUCGUGAGCUCUGUGGACAAACUCACGUUCAUCGGGUCCCCUGGUGUUGGGAAAAUCAUUAUGCGCAACGCUGCCGCAACACUCACGCCCGUAGUAUUGGAGCUUGGAGGCAAAGACCCCGCGGUGGUGUGUGAUGACGCUGACUUGGCGCAAGUAGUACCAAUCAUCAUGCGAGGUACCUACCAGAACUGCGGUCAGAAUUGUGUCGGACUGGAGCGUGUUCUGGUGCAAGAGUCCAUUCACGACCGUCUCGUGGCGGAGUUGGAGAAAAAAGUCCGCACGCUUACGCAGGGUCCGGCGUCACAGGGAGUCUAUGAUAUGGGGGCAAUGACGAUGGGAGAGGCAUCCGUGAAAACGAUACAGAGACUCAUCGACAACUCCGUCAAAGCUGGUGCAACUGUUCUUUGUGGUGGAAAAGCCGGUCAGAAUUUCUUCCCGCCGACAAUUAUCACCAACGUAACUCCAGAGACACCGAUUGCUCGGGAAGAAGUUUUUGGUCCUGUGCUUGUCGUGAUGAAAUUCAAGACUGAUGAAGAGGCUGUGGAACUCGUCAACGCAUGCGACUAUGGUCUCGGGUCGAGUGUGUUCUCUAGAGAUAUCGCACGGGCGACGCGGAUCGCGGACCAGCUGAGGACAGGGAUGACAAACAUAAAUGACUUUGGUAUCAAUUAUCUGUGUCAGUCUUUACCUUUUGGCGGUGUUAAAAUCAGCGGCUUCGAUCGGUUUGCGGGGAGAGAAGGUCUCCGUGGGAACUGCGUCGUGCGCGCAUCCACGACGGACCGCAUUCCCGGUGUGAAGACGACCAUCCCGCCCAUUCUGCAGUAUCCAAUAACUGACGCUGCAUUCUCGUUUAUGGAGUGCCUGACAACCCUCAUCUACGGCCGGAUGUUGCCUGCUCUCUCCAGCGCUGUCAAGCUCGCCUCUAUAAAGCCAACGUCGUCAAAAAGUAAAUAG